GAAUCUCUUUCUCUCUGUGUGCAAAUUCUCACUCUUUCUUACCGUUACCACGUCAACCUCGCGCCCUCUUCAACCCCCCUUUUUCUCAUCUUUCUCUCUCACAAUUGACUUUAAAUUCAGAUCCAUCUAAAACCCUCAUCCAGAUCUUCCCCAUUUUCCUAAAUCCCCAUGUAAACCCACCCUUCAAUUUUGAAUUUAAUGAAGGCAAGCACCGGCCAGUGGUUUACGAUCGGCCUCGUCUCAUCAUGGUACACAUCCAACAUUGGAGUACUGUUACUCAACAAAUACUUGCUAAGCAACUAUGGAUUCAAGUACCCGAUCUUCCUCACCAUGUGCCACAUGACAGCUUGUUCUUUGCUCAGUUACAUUGCCAUUGUUUGGAUGAAGAUGGUUCCUCUGCAGACUCUUAGGUCUAGGGUUCAGUUUUUCAAGAUCUCGGCACUCAGUUUGGUGUUCUGUGCGUCGGUGGUUAGUGGGAAUGUGUCGCUUAGGUAUUUGCCCGUUUCGUUUACGCAGGCCGUUGGAGCCACCACGCCCUUUUUCACUGCGGUAUUUGCGUAUGUGAUGACUAUGAAAAGGGAGGCAUGGUUGGUCUAUGUAACUCUCAUCCCUGUCGUCACGGGUGUUGUUAUUGCUAGUGGGGGUGAACCAAGUUUCCAUUUAUUUGGUUUUAUUAUGUGUCUCGGUGCUACAGCUGCAAGAGCAUUGAAGUCAGUGCUUCAAGGGAUUUUGCUUUCCUCAGAAGGAGAAAAACUGAAUUCCAUGAAUCUAUUGCUCUACAUGGCACCAGUAGCUGUUGUGAUCUUGCUUCCAGCAACAUUAUUAAUGGAAGAUAAUGUGGUUGGCAUUACUAUAGCUCUCGCCAGAAAAGAUGUCAACAUUGUUUGGUAUCUACUCUUCAAUUCUGCUUUAGCGUAUCUUGUGAACUUGACAAAUUUCUUGGUUACCAAGCAUACAAGUGCUUUAACUCUCCAGGUCCUGGGAAAUGCGAAAGGAGCGGUGGCAGUUGUGAUCUCGAUUUUGAUAUUUAAGAAUCCAGUGUCAGUAACAGGGAUGCUCGGUUACUUGCUCACAGUGCUCGGGGUGAUUUUGUAUAGUGAAGCCAAGAAGAGGACCAAAUAAACGUCCCUCGUUUCAUUCCUCAUUCUUUCCCUCUAUACGACAUGUUCGCUAUUUGGACCAACAUGCUGGUUUUUGCUCAUGGAGCUUACGCUUGAUCACGGUUCCCACUUCCCAUAUACUUUUGUUCGGUUUUUUGUUGAUGAACAACUCUCAAAUUGUUGUAUACGUGAUUAUGAAUUUACAGUUAUACUGUUGUAUAAAUACCGUAGAAUAUCAAUAAACAUAAAUACCCGAUUGUUUCAUCAA